GAUCUUGUUUAUCCUCAUCAUAAAGCCUUACUUUUAAAUCAUUUGUAUUAUCUAUUAAAACAAUUUAAAUUGAUCUAAUCUACAAAAGCAUGGAAAAUCUAUUCAAGCUUCAAGAAAAAUAUUAUUAGUCUAUGGAAGGAGUAUAUAUAUGUGCAGGGGCAGAUGUAAAUUGGUAGUGGGAUCAUGUGUCCUCGGCUAAAUUUUGAUUUUUUAAGUUAUCAACUCAAAAUCAAAUAUACCAAGAUCAAAUUUCAGGGUUAUUUCUUGGUGAACAUGAUCUGCCAUAAUCUCUUCAAAUUGAGUAAAAAAAUGUCACAUGUUCGAAUCCUCAAAUGUAGGAUCAUCUGAGUCAAAUUGAUAUUAGUUUAUACUAUUAGUUCAAACUUUACAGAAAUGCUCUAGAUUAACUCAAAAUUCAUGAUAAUGCUUUCGAUUAUACAAUUAGAAUUCCGCUCAGGUUUACAUGUUAUCGUUCUGAAAGGUACACUUGUAAUCUUUGGAAAAUUAUUUAAGUUCAAGUACGAUACAGUCUAAUGUGCAUCUUGUAUAGAUUAAUUAUUGAAGGUGAUGUGGUAUAUGUAUCUUGAUUCAAAACUAAUAUCAAAGCAAGACAUCUUAAUUAUAGACAAAAUGUGAAUUGCUUUUUAAGUGCAAUCCAAAAAGAGACCAUCGUCUUUUGAAAUUAGUUAGCAUUUUGGUUGAGUACAUAAUAUUUUGGUUGAGUACAUAAUGCCUACUCACAAUGAAAGACAAAAGCAAUCACAACUCACACGACAAUGUCAGAAACGAGAUCUUGUUUGUCCGCAUCAAUUAUCAUCAUAAAAAUUAAUUUUUAAUUAUUGUAUCAUCUAUAGAAACAAAAUGAAUAUAAAUCUAAUCUCUGAAAAAUCAUUGGUAAAUUCACGCUAUAUGUUUUCAAGAAAAUAAUUUAUUAUCCCGUGGAAGGACUACCUGUUAUAUAUCGUUCUGAAAGGUAUAGUUGUAAUAUUUAGAAGAUUAUAUAAAUUUAUAUACGAUACAAUCUAAUGUGUAUCUUGUACUGAUUAAUCUUUGAAAGUGAUGUAGUUUAUGUAUCUGGAUACAUACCAAUAUCUAGAGUGAGAAUUAUUCGAUGAAUUAAUUUGUAGGCUGGCAUCAAACAACUAUUUGGUAAACAUUAGUGAAAAAUCAUUUUUUGUGUGAUAAAAACGAUAUGCAGAGCACGGUGUAAAUAUUUUGAAAAGGAACAUAUUUCAUUUUUAUAAGUUUUUCAUGGGAAUGAUCGAUGGUCACAUAAGUCGUUCAAUAAUCUAUAUAAUACAUUCCAAGUUGAAAGUGAAGUAAUUUCUGUAGCCGUAGAGUGUCUGGUAGGUGCGUCUUAGCACUAAUCAUAGUGCAAUAAUAUUGAAUUGCAAAAGUAUUCUGUAAAUGCACUUUUAUGCAGACACGAGGAUAAAUUAAGAUGAGAAGUGACUUUCUUUUUCACCAAGACCCGUAAUCUCUGCUGAUAAUUUUUUUUAACUCUGAAAUAUUAUUAAAUCUAUCAUAAUAAGAUACAUUAUAGAUUACAAAAAUCAGCAAAAAAUAGUGAUUUCUGCGAAAAUAAUAGCCCAAAAGAAGAAGACACAAGUUAACAAUGAAAUAGAAUAAUACGAAGAAAUAAUCUUCUAUUCUCCUUUUCUUUUCCAAUGUAUAUUCGUGAUUAUUUUUUCAGAAUUUUAAUGAUAUAAUUGUACAAAUUAUGGAUUGUCGCUUAAUUUGUUUUAGGAUCUUUAUCUUAGAUGAUUAGCAACAAUAUGAUUGUCUACAGCACGUCACCACGAACGACUAUUGGCCUAUUGUUAUUUUGGUUGGAUUUAUCUUCUUUUUCCUUAGAGGUUAUAGAUUUAUACAUAACUAGUAGUAUAUAGCACAUGUUCAUUUAAAGUAAAACUGGCAUGCACUACGUUGACGUAGUGAAAAAUAAAGAUUAUAUUUACGAAUAUUUUCAUGAGUAACUACACUUUCACUGUUCCAAAUAAUCUCCUUCCUUAUUUUAAAAUGUACUUUCACCGCAGGCUCAUAGCUCGGGGAGCAGAUGAACGAAAACACAUUCACCUUUUCUUUAUUAUUUCAUUUAGGUAAUUACAAAAAGGAGCUAGGACACAUGCAUUAUUAUGCGUAUCAUGGAUGCAUGAACGAAAACAGGAAAGCUAAGGAUGUUGACGUAAAUCAAUAUAUAGUAUUUUUGGGUCCAAGCCUAUGAGCUGUAGAUAUUUGCCCCACAAUUAUAUCAGCGGUCGACGAAAAGAUAAAAAUUCUCUAAAUGGCAAUCCCCAUAUCAAAUUACAUUUAGGGUGUAUUCGCCGGCCGGAUCCUAGGCGUCACUAGUCACACUAACAGUGUAUCACUGUAAACAGGUAUUUUUGAUUUAUUUCAAAUUAUAGAAGUAUAUAGAAUGAUAUAAAAGAUCCAAAUAAUAUUAAUAAAUAUUGUAAAUUUAUCAUACAGAAAUAUUUACAUAUAUGUUUGAAUUUAUUUAGUUGUUUUAUAUAUAUCACGUGGAACUGAUUUGAAAGUAAUAUACAAGCCAUCACACUUAAAGUUAUUAUUGUAUUUGAUCAUAUGGUGGAAACAACAUGGUGUUCGGUAUAGUGGUUAAACUCUUAUAUCAACUAAUAGAAAUGUUAUAGGUUAUGUAUGUAUUCGACCUUUUCUAAUCUUUUCUCUAAUACUUCUUUUGAGAGAAAAAUGACCCACACGUCAAGACAGUCUUUGUUUACUAUUUUUCUCAUCUUCCUUCGACGUACGUUCUGUUCUCUUGUCGAUAAAUCCGAAAAGCCUCAUGACCAAGUCACUGGACCCCUUCUAAAACUCGACUUCCCUUCUUCUUUUUUCAUUAUUCUAUCAAAAAGAAACGUCAAUGUUGUUGCAACGGGAGGAUCCUCGCUUAUUCCUUGCGUCCACCAAUAAUAAAACUCUUGAGUUUUUAGGUUGAACACAAACUCUAACAAAGAAAAUGAUGAGUUCCUCUGACUCUUCUUCUGCUGAAUCUCGUCUAGCCACGGCUAAGACGGUUCUCACAACCGCGGCCUCGGUGGCUGCAACCGCAAUGCUAGCUAAAUCACUAGUCCAAGACUAUUUGCCUGACGAGGUGCACCAAUACAUCUCCUAUGGCUUCCGCAUCUUCUUUGGCUACUUCUCUUCUCAAAUGACAAUAAUCAUCGAAGAGUUUGAAGGGUUUGUCCACAACGAAGUCUUCGAGGCCGCGGAGGCCUAUCUAGCCACCAAGAUCUCUCCUUCUAACAAAAGAAUCAAAGUCAGCAAACAUGAAAAAGAAAACAACUACAACGUCACCGUGGAACGUGACGAGGAAGUUAUGGAUACCUUCAAUGGCGUCAAGUUCAGAUGGGUCCUCCAUUGCCACCAGGUUGAGUCCAAGAACUUCCACAACCCGCGGGAUCUAAACUCAACACUAAAAUCCGAAGUACGAUCAUUCGAGCUUAGCUUCCACAAGAAGUUCAAGAACAUGGCUCUUGACUCUUACUUACCCUUCAUGGUCAAAAGAGCCACGUUGGUGAAGCAAGAGAAGAAAACUCUCAAGAUCUUCACUCUUGACCCGGAGAACAUGUAUGGGACUUACUCUGACGCUUGGACCUCUGUGAUUCUUGACCACCCUUCCACCUUCAAAACGCUAGCAAUGGAUUCAGAUGCCAAGAGAAAUGUGAUGGAAGAUCUAGACCAGUUUGUGCAGCGAAGAGACUUCUAUAAAAAGGUUGGCAAAGCUUGGAAGAGAGGUUACUUGUUGUACGGUCCACCAGGUACAGGGAAGUCAAGUUUGAUAGCAGCCAUGGCUAAUCAUCUCAACUUUGAUAUAUAUGACUUAGAGUUGAGUGCGGUGAACAACAAUUCUGAGCUCCGGAGAUUGCUGAUUGCUACCGCUAACCGCUCUAUUCUUGUUGUGGAAGAUAUCGAUUGUUCCAUCGAGUUGAAAGAUAGAACAACUGAUGAACCUACUCGAGAAUCAGACGACGGUAAUGACACACGUUACAAAAAAGUGACGCUCUCUGGACUGCUAAAUUUUAUUGAUGGUCUCUGGUCAAGUUGUGGCGACGAAAGGAUAAUAGUAUUCACAACGAACUACAAAGAGAAGCUAGAUGCAGCGUUGUUGAGGCCAGGACGCAUGGACAUGCACAUCCACAUGUCGUAUUGCACGCCGAGUGCUUUCAAAGCUCUUGUUUUAAACUAUUUAGAGAUCAAUGAGCAUAAGCUUUUCAGCAAGAUCGAGGAAGGUAUUGAGGCAACACAAGUUAGUCCAGCAGAGAUAGCUGAACAACUCAUGAGGAAUGAGAAUGUUGAUAAGAUUCUUGAGGGUUUGAUUGAGUUCUUGAAAGUCAAAAAGAUCGAAAAUGAAGAUGAGGCUAAGAAGGAAGAGCAAGAAUUGGAGAACAAAGGCAGUACCACCCAAGGCAAAGAAUUGGAGGUCAAGAAAAACGUAGAGGUUGAUGACCAGCUUAUUAGAAGCGAGUAAAAUUAACUUUUGAAAUUAGAAGAUGAUUAAAUAAAUGAUGAUAUAACAUAUCAAAUUUGAUAAGUGUAUUUGAGAUGAUAUAACAUAUCAAAUUUGUAAGCAAGUCAUGGAUCUAGAUACAACGCUGCUUACACAAGAAAAGCUCCAUAGCACAUGAUGACCUUGAUUGGUAACCUGCUGAAAGGCGGGCGGAAUUGCAUCAAAAAACGCGAUUCCACAAGAAUUUUACCAAUCAGAUGAAAGUGGACGAAACCACUACCACACAGGACCACAUUUAUGGCAACGUUUUUGAGCAAACCGUUGAAAUUUUCAUGUAUCAGCAACAAUAACCAUGGUGCUUUACAUAUAGCAGCUUACAAAGUCAUGUAGCAUUUGACAGUUUGGAUAUUAUAUCGAAAUUUAAUUUCCUAAUAACAUAUGAGAAAAGAGCAAAAAGGCAAAAA